UUCUUCUUCUCCCCUGAAUGCCCCUUCCAUCUACCGUUUUUCCCCAUCAAUCCAGUCGGUUUGAUCUUCGCAUGUGCAGUCCUGUUGAAUGAUAUAAUUUUAUUACGGCAACCAUGGACGGAACGCAGAAUUCGGCUCCUCAAACGGUUGAAGUCGAUGUUGAUUCUGAUUCCGCAUUGGCUGAUGAUGCUUCAACUGCAUCCACAUCUUUGGCCGAAAGCAUAUUCGACUAUCGCCGCGAGAACGGAAGAAGCUACCAUGCAUACAAGCCUGGAUCCUAUGUAUUUCCUUGUGACGAGAAAGAGUCCGAUCGACUGGACUUGCAGCAUCAUUUGUUUCAACUGACCCUUGAUGGAAAGUUGUUUCUCGCACCAGUUGGGCCUGACCCACAUCACAUACUUGACAUCGGUACAGGCACCGGUAUCUGGGCCAUCGACGUCGCGGACGAGUUUCCCAGUUGCGAGGUGAUUGGCACUGAUUUAGCACCGACCCAGCCCAGCUUCGUUCCCCCGAAUUGCAAAUUCAUCAUCGACGAUGCCGAGGACACAUGGCUCUUCGGAAGUACAAAAUUCGAUCUCGUACACUUCCGGGUGAUGGGAGGCUGUUUCAAAGACUGGAGGCAGGUCUUCAAGCAUGCAUUCGAUGCAUGUGCGCCUGGAGGCUAUAUUGAAGUCAAGGAUUUUAUCUUACCUAUGAAGUGCAUCGACCAUACAUACGCUGGCACCGCUUUGGAAGAGUGGGAUAGGAACAUGAUUACAGCGUCUGAGAAUUUUGGCAAAGAAAUAUGUCAAGUCGACAGCUACAAGGGAUGGCUUCUCGAAGCCGGAUUUGUUGAUAUCCAGCAACGCGACUUCAUGUGGCCAUCAAAUCCCUGGCCGAAGGACCGCAAAUUGAAGGAGAUCGGCAAAUGGAACGAAGUCAAUAUUACGGACGGCUUGGAAGGCUUUUCCCUCAAGCUCAUGACUCACGGAUUAGGCUGGUCGGAAACGAGCGUUCAGGUUCAUAUUGCACAGGUGAGGUCCGCUAUACGUGAUCGAGGAAUCCAUGCAUACUUUUCUAUUCCAAUUCUCUGGGCCAACCUACCACAAGCCGUACGGCAUUCCUAUCACGGGCCAUAUACGCCCCCUGUGCUUGAGUUAAGCGUUUACAAUUAUGAUCAGAUGCCGAAUAGGGAAGUUUAGGUACAUAUUAGGCAUAUACGUGUCACAAGAUAGGCUUGAACGACAGGAAACAUUCGAUUGAUAUGCUGAAACACGGAAUAUGUAUUCCAAUGCCAGUACUUCAACCGACAUUUUUCAACUCCUCAUUGUGGUAAACAUCGCCACCGAAUUCCGAACCCCCAUAAAUGCGCGCUGAUCGAAAGUCCCAACCGUUUUAUUCCCAUAGCGCCAUUAUCAUUAUGCGUAUCACCUGUCCAUG